UGAUGAGGAUUGGGGGCUUUAUCUUUUUGUAUGUGGUGUUGUUUGGAUUUCCUGAUUGCUUCAGUUCGUAUGAGUAUGACUGCGUGGGUUCGAUGCCUUAUGAUUUUACCGUUGAUGGCAGUAAUAAUAAUAGGAUUAUCAUCAACAUUGGUCUGAUUGCAGACAUGGAAUCAUCGAGCUGGGAGGGGAAGGUCGUACGGAGCUCCAUUUCCAUGGCUUUGGGGGACUUUUACAACCUCAAUGGAGGGUACAGAACCAGGAUUGUUCUUCAUGUCAGAGAUUCUAAGGGAGAUUCUCUGCAAUCUGUAACUGCUGCUCUCGAUCUUUUGGAGAAUUUCGAAGUCGAUGCAAUAAUCAUCCCAAGAAUUUCAAGUGAAGAGUUGUUUCUAUCCAGGCUUGGGGACAAAGUUAAAGUCCCACUCUUAUCGUUUUCUUCAUUUCCAUCAUCACAUCAUCAACAUCAUCCUUAUUUCAUUCAAGUUGCAGAAGAUGAGAUCAAUCAGUUCCAUGGAAUUGCUUCCUUCAUAAAAAAAUUCAAAUGGAAAAGCUUCGUGUAUUUCUACGAGGAUACCGUCGACGCAAGACUAAUGCAAACAUACAUUGAUGACAUAAUAUUCGAGGAGGAUCACUCGAUCAAUAUCACAUAUCGAGCAGCCAUUUCUCUUCAAGCCACAGAUGAUCAAAUCAGGAAUGAACUUCAUAAGCUAAAGCUGAUCAAUGCCUCUAUUUUUGUUGUUCACUUGUCACGCUUUUUGGCGUUGCGCGUAUUUGUGAACGCAAAAAAAUUAGGGAUGAUGAGCAAGGGCUCGGCGUGGAUCUUGACUACUAAGGCCAUGAAUUUCUGGGAACCUCAGGAGUCUUCAUUUUGCGGGUCGAUGAUAGGAGUAAUGGGUUUCAGAAUCUACAUUUCAGAGUCGAAUAAGCUUCGAAAUUUAACUUCUAGAUGGAGAAGGGAUUUUCAACACAUUUUUGAAUCCAACUCGACAAUCAGGGAGCCGAAUAUAGUUGCUAUUUGGGCAUAUAACGCCGCUUGGGCUAUAGCAAAAGCAGUCGAAAAUGAAGGACUACAAACCUCUAAAAAUCAGGCUAAUGUUUCGACAAAAAAACCAUUGGAUUUUUCUCGAAUAAGAGUUUCAAAUAGAGGUCCAUCGAUCAUGAAUGCAAUCAAGAACAUCAAAUUUACCGGAUUAGGAGGCGAGUUUCGGAUAAAAGAUCAGAAAUUAGUACAAGAUAAGUAUGAAAUACUAAAUGUGGUUUGUAAAGUGGAGAGACGCGUAGGUUUUUGGACGUCGAAUUAUGGUCUUAGUAAGAGUGUAUCUUCAUGCCACAAUUUUUCCGCGAACAGUCUUGAAAGUAUUGUCUGGCCGGGGUUUGCAUUCACGGCGCCACAAAUUUCAUCGAUCUUGAUUAGUCGAAAAAGCUUUAGAGUUGGGAUUCCAUCAAAAGGAAGGUUCCCUGAAUUGAUACACACUAAAUAUGGUCCGAAAAAUAAUGAAGUAACUUUUAGUGGAUUUUGUAUGGAUGUUUUCGAAGCUGCUCUCGACAGAUUUCCGGAUAAGAUAUCCCCUGAAUAUGUUCCGUUCGACAAUGAAAACAACAGCUACCCUGACCUUGUCCGUCAAGUCUAUCUCGGGACUUUCGACGCUGCCGGGGGAGACAUAAGUAUAGUUUCGAAUAGGUCAAUGUACGUCGACUUCACGGUGCCGUACACAGAUCUAGGGUUGGCAGUCAUGGUAAAACUCAGCAACAAUGACCCUUGGUUUUUCUUGAAGCCACUCAGUAUGGAGCUUUGGAUAGUAAGUGCCUGUUCUUUCGUUCUGACGGGGUUCAUCGUCUGGCUUAUCGAGCACCGUAUUAAUGAAGAGUUUCAAGGUUCUAUAGCGCAGCAAAUCGGGGCUGCAUUGUGGUUUGCUGUCUCAACUCUUGUUUAUGCUCACAGAGAAAGAUUGCGUAGUAAUAUCUCUAGAUUUGUCGUGGGCGUGUGGCUUUUCGUUGUCUUAAUACUUACCUCGAGCUACAUUGCGAAUUUGAGUUCGCUAUUGACAGUUGCGCAAUUUAAGUUGUCGAGAAGUCAGCAAAUUGGCUACUCGAGCUCUUCUUUUAUACACGGGUUGAUCACCGGGAACAGUAAAAUUUUCAGCGAAAACAGAUUCAGCCAUUAUAAACAUCCCGAGCAGGUUUUCGAGGCUGUAAGAAGAGGAAGUAAAAAUGGCGGCGUGGACGCGAUAAUUGAAGAAGUACCUUAUAUAAAAACACUCGUAGCAAGGUAUCCUCGCGAGUUCGCCAUGGUUAAAUCCUCGCUCCAAACAAGUGGAUUCGGCUUUGCGUUCCCUAAAGGAUCACCGCUGGUUCAUGAGAUGUCGAGGGCGAUAUCUCAGCUUAGAGAAGAAGGAAAACUUCUCGAAAUAGAGAACAAAUGGCUCAAAGGAAAAUCGCCACGCGACAGCGAUCCAUCUAAGUUAAUCCCUCUCAAGUUGGAUCAAUUCGCCGGCCUGUUUCUCAUCAACGGUAUUUCUGAACUUGCGGCUAUGCUAAUAUUUAUUAUGUUUAUAUUUCGUGAAAAACUUUCGACGGGCUUCGGGUUCCUGGCAAUCUUAGCUAGACGAAAAUUGGUAUGCACUUUGAGGUCCUUGAACCCUAGAAUGAACACCACCAUGGCUGCUCAUGAACCUCCAUAUAAUGAUUGAGAUAUAUGUAUAUAUAUAUAUGUAUUAAUGUAUGUAUAUGUACUUGUGUUGGUGGCUCCAUAUGAUA